UCGAGGAGCCCCUUAUAUCGUUUAGGUCUGAUGAAGGGAAAAAACAAUAUAUGUCAAAAUAAAAACACUUGUCUAAUAAUGAGUAUUCGGCAGAUCUCCCUUUACGUGUUUUGUAACGUGUAGCGUGUUUUGUUUCGUAUGGACUUCAGAAGUCAGCGGAAAGCAUUCAAAGGACCAAUAAAAAGGGGUUAAAGGAACAGCUCAUGCGAAAAGAGUAAGAAGUUGCAAAGUGAAGAAAGAAGGAAUACUAACGAGAAGAAUAAGAACAUUGGUAAGCAUUUCCCAAGUGUUACACAACAACCAAAAUGAAGGUGGAGAAGCCUGUGGCACGGCACUUGCCCGAAGACUGGCAUCGUAACAACGCCGCUCUUCGCCAGGCCAGCCACGACACGCGGACGACCUCCCACAAUCUGCGAAAUGAGAGUACACAUUUUCGUAAUCAGACCACCAAUAAAACGUGGUGGGAUAAUGCGGAUAACACCAUACGCCUUCAAGACCGAAUCUAUGAAGUCCAGAGGGUCACUGACGACCUGGAUCGUUCGCUGAGACAAACCCUGGCCGAGAUCGCGAAGCUGGAGGCCGCCAAGGAGACAGCGGAGGCCGAGCUGGAGGCAAGGGUGUCGCCCCUCAACACGGCCAUGGAGUGCCUCACCCUCAGAGAGCGGCGCAGGGAGGGCGACCUCGUAAAGGAUGAUAUCGAGCUGGAGCUUCAUAAGGAGGUGCGGACGCUUGAGAAAUCGCGAGCCGAGUUGGAGAAGGUCGUACUCGACUCGGUGUCGCAGCUGAGGGUACUCCACGAAGCCAAGCAGAACCUCCAGGACGACCUCAAGGACAAGAGGGCAGCCCUGGCAGUGGACAGAGAACAGGAGGCGCUGACUGAGUACUCGCCCGAGAUCUCCUUCAAACCCGACCCGCUUCGAGUCCCGCCAGGAACUAUUCUGCCUGCCGACUGGCUCGAACACCCAUUGAAGAACAUGGCUGCCGCUGAGAACGCAAUCAAGGAAUCGCAAAGCUUGAGGGACCGCAUGUGUGUCACCAUACAAACGGCGCGACGGAACGAUGAGACGCAACAGACGGCUUCGGAUUAUGCCCUUCGACGCAGGCUUCACCAGGAGAGUCGAGCAAGGGAUGAGCUGCAGUGGCAAAAGGAUCGACUCCUGGAGGAAAUUCGGGCUCAGGAGGAGGAGAUUUCGGCCUUGGAAGAGCAGCUUCGUGCUUCCUCGCUACCCUUGAAGGUGGCACAGACGAGGCUGGAGGGAAGGACAGCUCGAGUGCGGUACGACUUGGUGAGGGACGCUCCCCAGGACGGCCUGGUGGCGGAAGUCCAGCAUCUAACACAAACUCGGACGCUCCUGAGGGAAAAACUGGCCAAAGCACUGGAUGCCCUUCAUACCUUGCAACGACACCUCCGAACAGUGGACGUGGACCUUGGAAGGAAAAACUUGUCAGUGAGCCUCGAGCAGAAGGUGACCGGUACAAGGGUCGUCCUCAAAGCACCUCAGCCCAAGGAGUCACUAACUCAGGCCAACCUCACUCUUACUGGUUCCCUUAGGAAACACCCUACGCAAAUCCUGUAAUAGUUCCUAGUAGUAUAUUCAAUUCACAGACAAGGUACUUCAAUUUUUGUUCUACUAAAACUAUCUCAGUAUCGCCCGUAAAUUGUAAUAAGCUGUACCCUAAAUUCUUUAUAAAUGCACUCAAAGACAUCUACAUUCUGACGACAGUAAUGCACUUGCAAUGCAAUCCCUUGUAAGAUAUAGCAUACACAUACGACGAUCAUUGUAAGAUCUUUGCAUUUUGUUCAAUGGAACUUUGAUAGGGUUCAAAUUUUAUUCCCAGUAUCAUGGCACAGCAUAGUUUUACCAUCUUUGCAUGGCUUGGUUCUUCAAUGUUGUAAUGUGCUUUUUGGACAAUAAAAUUUCACAAUAUAUGUAUUUAGUUGAUUCUACAACUUACUGUAAUUUGUAAACGUUUUCUUCACCUCAUUCAGUUGGGAAUUAUAUUUGACAUGCAAAAAAUAAGAUAUUUUUAUUUGCUACUGGGAAGACCUAAUUCAUAAAAGAGGAAAAAGAGGACUUCAAUUAUUAACUUUCUUUCAUGCAAAAAUUAAGACAGCAAAUGAUCAUGCUAAAUACAGUAUAAUGCUACUGUAUAACAUAAGCUUACAUUUAGAUAU